AUGGCACAAAUUGAAAAUCUAGAUGAUGAAAAUGGUCAGCCUGAAAACCAGCAGAGAGAAAGUAAAGAAUUGCUUGGCGUAAUUUAUGGUAUAGGGAUGAAUGUGAAUACUAUAAUAGGAGUUGGUAUUUUCACAACUCCGGGAAUUGUUUUGAACCUAAUAAAAAAGCCUUAUGUCAUACUAUUAUUAUGGCUAGCUGGUGGAAUUGUAAGUUUAUUUGGUUCCCUUAUUUAUGCCGAGUAUGGAGCUCUUCAUAGAGAUAAUGGUGGAGAAAAAAUUUAUUUGGAUAAAGCAUAUCCAUCCCCACCUUUUAUGGCAAGCUAUCUUUUUAGCUUCAUGUUCAUAUUUGUGAUUCGACCCGUGAUUAUAUGCGCAGUAUUACAGUCUGCUGCACAAUACGCGUGGUUUAUGAUUUUUGGAGAAUCUCCAUUGGAUGGAAAAGAAAAAAUUGAUUCAUCCUUAAUUGGUUGGAAUAACAAAUUUAGGCCUUACUGGGUAUUGAAAUUGGUAGCAAUUUUAUUUUUGUUAUUAAUAACAGGAUAUCAUUUGUUAAAUAGAAGAUUGGCAAAUAAGAUAAACCAUACGCUUGCAAUAACUAAAUUGGUUAUGAUAGUGGUAAUUGCAUUCAGUGGAAUAUCAAAGUAUAAUAGCGGAAAUUGGAAUAAACCUAUCGAUGAUCCAUCCCCUUAUUCUUAUCCUACGGCGAUUCUUAAUAUUUUAUUUAGUUAUAAUGGUUGGAAUACUUUAAACUAUUCUUUAGAUGAAUUUAGAAAUCCUCAAAAAAAAUUAAUACUUAGUAAUAUUAUUAGUAUUGUAAUUGUAAUUAUAUCAUAUAUAUUGGUAAACAUUGCAUUUAUUUCUGCUGCUUCACCAUCUGAUUUUGUCCCCGAAAAACGCGAUGAGGUAAUUACAGCAACUUUCUUUAGAAAAGUUUUUGUCAAUGAUACUCACGUUACCGUAGCAAGGAUAUUCUCAUUUUUUGUUGUUCUUUCUGCUAUUGGUACAGCUGCAACAAAUAUUUGGAGUGGAUCAAGAGUUAUUGUGUCAGCGGCGGAAUCAAAUUUUUUUCCAAUAAUUUCACCACAAUUAAAAAAGUGGAAAGAAAGGACUAUGAUUCAGGAAGGGCAGGGAGGGAAAAAAUUACACUACAUCGAAUAUACUCCAGUUAACGCGUUAUUAGCACAACUUGGAUGGUGUAUUUUCAUUAUAUUAUUUAUUGGCGCAUCAAUACCAGAAGAUAGUUUCGUAUUAUUUUCUUCGAUAUCAACUUUUUCUUAUUGGAUAUUUUUCAUUGCUACAAGUUGGGGUUUAGUUAGAACACGAAAAAGAAGUUCUAUUGUCUCUCCAUUCAAAGUGCCACGUAUAAUAAUUUAUUUGUUUGAAAUUUCAGGAUUACUAAUUAUUAUAUUAUCAUUUUUCCCUGAUAAAGAUCCUAACGAUCAUAUCGGUUCUAAAAUACCGUAUAUGAUUCAUAUAUCAUUUAUCUGGGUUAGCAUUAUAUUUUUGUUUGUUGGGUUUGCUUGUUGGUACUUUUUAUUUCGUAAUCAAACAACGAAAACAGCAAUAGAUACAACAUCAACACAUACAAGUGAUACAACAGACACAGAUACAACAGAAAAAGAAGAAUCAUAA